AUGCCCCUGCCUCGCAGGGAAAGGGGAUCGCGUCUGGCCAGCUGCCGAGCGGUCAGCACUGGCCUUCCGAGACCAACGCCCCGUUCCCCAAAGCGUGCUGGCCGCGGGGGCCCGUUGUUGAGCCAUGCGCAACGCCUCACCCGGCGGCGCCAUUCCUCCGACCAGGUCCCACGGGCGCCCGAGCAGCAAGCCGACUUCCGCUCCGGAAAGUGGCUCCAAGAGCGCCCCGGAGGGGACGCCAGGGACUCCGGGCAGACGCUGCUCGCCGGGAUGGGCUCCAAGCACAGGUGCAGUGGUCAAGAAGUAGUGAUCCCGUGUGCUUCUGAUAGUGACUCAGGAAGUGUGGAUCUGCAACUGAGCAACCUAGAGGACCUUAAAAAAAGCUCAAGUGGCAUUGAACUUACAGAUUCAGACAUCUCUGAAAUCCUUGGACUUCCUCAGGAUUGCCAUACAGAUAGCCUCAGACCCCUAACACCCCAGGCUCCCCUCAGCGAGGCCAGCGUUGAGAGGCUGGUCCAGUCCAUUCAGAAGGUUUUUCAUGGAGAGCUAAAGGGUGAACUUGAAAAGCUGGCGUUCCUAAAAUCUUUGUCUUCUAUCAGCCAAACUUUACCUUAUGAUGAAACCACAGAAUCAUUCAUUCAUAGGCACACAGAAGAAAUAGUGCAUAUCCUGAGAGUGCUGCUACAAGAGGAGCCCCUGCAUAUGCUAUCCAGCCCAGUGCGCCAGGAGAUCUUUUUCACCAUCACUGACCUCAGUUACCAAAAUAUCUACCUGCUGUCUGGCCCUGAAGAUGGUGAAGAAUUGCUCAGUCUUACCACCAAAAGUAUAAUCACUCUGCCCUCUGUAAGCCAUCUUACUGAGCUGCAGGAGACCAUUCCAAACCAUCCCUACAAUGCAGAGGAUCUCUACAAGCAAACGUUCCAGGCAUUCUCUGUGAUGCUGCAGAGUAUGGUGAUUAACGACCCACAUUUGGAAAAAUUUGACACCAUUUUUGAGCACAUGCACCCGUGGUUACUGUCAGCCAAAGACCAUGAGCGGGAACGGGCUACAGACAGCAUGGCCCAAGUCCUCAAGUGCUUAUCCAGACAUCUCAGCUUGAAGCUUCCACUGCAAUUCCAGAGACUUGGACACCUGGUGGCUCUGAUGACACUGCUAUGUGGGGACCCACAGCCAAAGGUAGCAGCGGAUGCUGCAGAGGGAACGCACUACCUGCUGCAUGUCACCCUGAGGCUGAAGUAUAUUACUUGUGACAAGGAAAAUCAACAGAAUUUAAGGGGAGCUUUGAAAAGGUGUCGAGAGCUGCUAGAGCUCUAUACCACUAAACAGUUCUACCACUGCCCCUACAAAAUCAUCCAGAUCUUUGAAGUUUUCCUCAAUUUGAAUGAACUUUGCCAUUUCGUAAUGGCUACAUUGGAUGUCCUGAAAAACCUGCCACAUCCCUCCAUCCAGCAGCUGGCAGGAGAUUUGCUAUUAACAUUGAUGAAAAAUGCAGAGUCUCGAUUUGAGAAGGUGCCAGAAAUCAUAGGCAUUAUCUGUGCCCAGCUAUCCAUAAGCAACUUGCCUAGCAUCCGCUACCAAAUUAUACGUACUGUGAGCUUGUUUAUCUCCAGACCCAAGUAUACAGACAUAGUGCUCAGCCACCUUCUAUUUCAUCCAGUACCAUAUGACAGGCUUCUGGCUGAACUGUGGAGAACCCUGGAGGUCGAGCUGUCCAGCAUGACCUGGAUUCUGUGGAGGCUCCUCAGGAAGCUACAGAGAUGCCAUAACGAACCCAUCGAGGAGAAGAUGGCCUAUGUGGCUGUUGCUGCAACGGAUGCCAUUUACGAGGUGCUCAUAGGGAACAAGCUGCAAGAAGCUGCAUUCCGGCUCUUUCCUCAGCUUUUGAUGACACUGCUCAUCCAGAUCCACCACAGCAUCGGCCUUACCAUGUCUGAUGUGGCCAUCCCAAGUGACCUGAGCGCACAGCAGGACAUGUCAACAGAGGUCACACCUAUGUGCUUUGCCAUACAAGCUACAAAGACUCUCCUCCUCAGAACACUGUGCUGGCAGGAAUUCCACAUCAUGGAAAAGAAUGAUGGAUGGACUCUUCUGAAAGGAAAUUGCCAUCUUCAGGGAGUAUUUCUCCUUGCCAAUGCCUUGCUGGAAAGAAAUCAACACCUUGCACAUAAGACCAUGUACUUGUUAGUCCCUUUUCUUAGCCGAGGAAAUGAUAAACAUAAACUCACAUCUGCAGGCUUUUUUGUGGAGCUCCUCCAGAGUCCAGUGGCCAGGAGAUUACCCAGCAUAUACUCCACUGUCCGCUUGAAAGAUUGGUUGUAUCAUGGAAAUCACCCUUUUAGAAUUCUUGCACUGCGGGGACUGAGAAAUCUUGCCAAACACCAGGAGAAGCAAGAAGACAUCAAGAGCCUCUUGCCGUGCUUCUUAGACAGCCUACAUGAGACUGAUGAGAAGAUCGUUGUGUUGACCAUCCAGAUACUCCUGUAUCUCGUUGGGGCACUGGACUCAGCAACCCUGAUCACCAUGAUGAGGAUCCUGUUCUCCUUAUUUGGUGAUGUGAGACCUGAUGUUCAUCACUUUUCCAUGACUCUCUUUGGAGCCUCCAUAAAGUCCGUGAAAUGUGCAGAUAAGAAGAGCAUAGAAAACCAAGUCCUGGACAGCGUGGUCCCACUGCUUUUGUAUUCUCAGGAUGAAAACUAUGCCAUAGCUGAGGAAAGCAGGCAUGUCCUAAGCAUAUGUGCCCAGUUCCUGAAAUGGAAGCUGCCCCAAGAAGUGUACUGCAGAGAUCCCUUGUACAUCAAAACUACCAAAGCUGAACAAGUCUGCAAGUUCUUUGGGAAAAAAUGCAAGGAGAAAAUCAAUAUUAUAGCUCAAACAUUGAUAUACGCCAGGAAUGCAAAACUUCCCAUCAGAAGAGCAGCAGUCUUAUUUGUAGGGCUUUUUACAAAGUACAUGGAUCAUGCUGAGCUCAAGAUGAAGGGUACUGACUGGAUAGAGGAGGAUCUGAGAGAUCUGCUAAAUGACCCUGAGCCCUCUUUGCGCCUCAUCGCCUCUCAGGCUGUGUUCCGUAUUCGGAGGGCAAAGACUGAGGCAGAAUCAGAGCAGACAAUUUGCUGGCUGAGGAAGCUCUUGGGCUGUUUCCCUACUUAA